GGCGUGAAAAGAAGAAACGAAGCCGAAGAAGGAGAAGAAGAAGAGGGCUCUUCUCUCGUGAACCGGACGCUAUUUCUGUUUCGAUCCUAAAUCCAAUCCCCAUUCAAUCCACAGAUAGAUGGAUCGGUACCAGAAAGUCGAGAAGCCCAGGGAAGUAACACCCAUUGAUGAGAAUGAGAUUCGGAUCACCAGCCAAGGAAGGAUGAGAAGCUACAUCACCUAUGCUAUGACUCUUCUUCAGGAAAAAGGAGCUGAUGAGAUUGUGUUCAAGGCCAUGGGUAGAGCAAUCAAUAAAACUGUUACCAUGGUUGAACUUAUUAAGAGGAGGAUUGUUGGUCUUCAUCAGCUUACUACCAUUACAUCCACCGGCAUCACCGAUACGUAUGAGCCACUGGAAGAAGGCCUCCUUCCAUUGGAAAGCACGAGGCAUGUUUCAAUGAUAACAAUCUCUCUAUCUAAGAAGGAGCUUGAUACAAAGGCUGUUGGGUAUCAGCCACCUAUACCUGCAGAUCAGGUGAAGGUUUUUACAGAGAUUGAAUAUGAAGGAGAAGGAUCACCUAAUAUGCGUGGAAGAGGUCAAGGUGGUAGAGGAAGGGGAAGGUCUAGGGCUCAGUAUGGAAAUGGCUAUAUGGGUGGUGAGUAUGAAGAUGGUGGCUAUGAUAGACCUCGCAACUAUGGUAGAGGAAGGGGCAGAGGUAGGGGCCGUUAUUUCCGUGGUGGACGUGGAAGGGGUGGCGGUGGUGGUAAUUUCAACUCUCAAUAUGAUUCAACUAUGCAAGAUGGUGGCUACCAUCAAGAGGCUCCUCCAGGCCGUGGACGUGGGAGGGCUGGUUACAACAACUCUCAGUAUGGUUCCUCCCCGCAGCAAGAUUUUGGAUAUCACGACAAUCGUGGACGUGGAAGGGGUGGUUACAACAACUCUCAGUAUGAUGACCAGCACGAUGGUGGAUACUAUCAUGAUGCUCCUCCAGUCCGUGGACGUGGAAGGGGUGGUUACAACAACUCUCACUAUGAUGCACCACAAGAUGGUGGCUACAAUCCCGAUGCUCAUGCUCAAGGCCGCGGUGGACGUGGAAGGGGUGGCGCUGGUUACAACAACACUCAGUAUGAUGCUCCGCAGGAUGGUGGGAGAGGGCGCGGUGGUCGCUUUAGGGGACCAUCUCGUGGGAGAGGCCGUGGUGGGGGCGGAGGCAACUACAGAUCUAAUAACAAUGGACCGAUGCCCCAUUCUGCCGAUGCCUAAGCUUUUGAAAAAGAAGAAGUCGCGUGCCCCUCGUUCCAUGAAGAGUUUGCCUGCUCGGUUUCCUUUGUUAUCCUCUCUGUUUUUAUGCUUUCUUCUUCCACCUGAUUUGUUUUGUCUGCCAGUGUUAAUUAUAUAACUCUCUAGGGUUUACCAAAAAAAAAAAGAAGUCCAUGAAAUGCUUUGUAGACUAAUUUUUAGAACAUUCCGUUUCCACCUCUUUGUGGUGAGCCUUUUUGUAUUCCUUUUCAAUCACUAUAAUUUAGUAAGCAUAGGAAGUAGUUCCGCUUUUAUUUUCUUGUUUAUGAAAAAAAUUGGACUCGUCGGCAAGCAAGCAUUCUUUAAUUUAUUUUCAUGGUCGACUUGUUUUCCAAUUU